AGGUGACAACCCUAGCCGCAGUGACCUCUGGCCUCCUGGUGCAGGUGUGUGUGUGCUGCUGCUGUCUGCACUGACUGUUUCUGCAGUCUCUCUGUCUGUCAGUCCAAACCUUCAGCAGUUCUUCAGAGGAUCUUCUUCAGUGUCUCUGAGCUGUGUUGAAGCUGGACAGACAGUUGGAUGGAUGGACAGUGAAGGGGACCAGAGGAGGACUCACUGAGGACUGUGGAGAAGCUAAAGGCUUUGAGAGGGUCAAUGGUUCCUCCUGUGUUCUGGAUCUCUCCUUCUCCUCUGAUGGAAGUUACUCCUGUAUAAACUCAUCUGGACAGCAGAGCGAUGAAGUCACCAUCAGUGUUUCAGAAAAAGCUGUCAUCCUGGAGAUCCCUGCACUUCCUGUGAGGACAGGAAGUGAUGUCACUGCGUUGCAAAAAGCGGAGUGGCGAUACAGCUGCUGCUUAUUUCCACAUUAAUGGACAUCCUGUUGGAUCUCAACCUACAGCAGAGCACGUUAUCAGACAGGUCACACAGUCUGAUGAAGGACUCUACACCUGUGUUACUGAUACAUCUGGAUCAUCUCUUCAGAGCUUUCUGAGGGUCAGAGAUUCUCCUCCUCCUCCUCCACACCAAACCACAGACUCCACUCCUCCCGUGAACUCUCCUUCCAGUACUGCUCCCUCUGCUCCUCCUCAAAUUUUCUUUCUCACAGCAGUCCUUCUUCCUGUGGUUCUUGUGGUUCUGGUUCUGGUUCUGUUCCUCUACAGGAAACAAACAGGAAGGAAGUCUUCCCCUCCUCCUGCAGAUGUGACCUACGCUGAUGUCACCAUCAGACCCACUGCUAAUAGCAGAGGCCGUAAGAAUGAUCCACAUGCUGUCUACUCUGAUGGGACUCACACUUCAGGUCCGGCCGAGGUCACGUAUGGUCAGGUGAUCAUCAAAAAUAAGAAGAAAGCUGUCAGCACAGGAAACUGAGGACACGCUCAGUGUGAUGGAGGACCUUCAUCCUUCCCUCUGCUCCGCUCUUCUUCUUUGCUGGUGUGCUGUGUGAUCUGUGCUGGGCGACUGGACCUCUUUCUGUUUCUUGAAGAUGUUUCAGCUCUCGUCUCAAAGGCUUCUUCAGCUCUGUGUUUUUGUAAUAAAAGGUUUUAAGAUCUUACAUUGGGCACACACAGAAAACUGUCAGACAUGAGCCACAGCACAGUCCAACCAGAAACCGAAUCAUCAGUGGAGCUCUGAUACUGGGAUUCACUAUGACAACAAGUAA